UUCAGUUGCCUCUGCACCAACAAAGGAAAGUUCACAUACUAAACAUCGCUUUUAUAUAUUAGCAAUUUUUUCCAACGGUUUAUAUUCAACAAAACAUGAUGUUCAGGAGAUCGGAAACUACUUGGUUAUGAUGGACCUUCCUCAGUGCAUUUAUUUGAAACAAACUUGGAAGAAAACCGCCUUGUUAAAAAUAGAAAACUUAUGUAUCCGAACAUUAUAAACAAGAUAGCCGGUGAUGUGAAACUGGAAAUGGAAACGCAAGUUUCCUUCAAAGCACUUUUGGCACAGUCUCAUAAUUUAAUGAGUCCUGAAGUGAAUCAAUUUGUUACUGUGCAUCCUGUCAUGAUGAUAACUGCCGGAUUAGUGCUCAAUGAUGAUCUUCUUUUUGUCUCUAUUGAUGAAAUCAAAACUUAUCAAGGAUCAGCCUUUGGUCUGGGAUAUCUUCCUUUUUUCAAUGUUUUGCAGAGAUUAACUGUUGAGAGUAACUUACCGAAAAUUUGGACUGCAUCAAUAAAUUCUGCAAUGCUGUUGAGGAUAAAAAUUAAAACUCUGGUUCCUCAAGCAAAUUUGAAAUUUGUAAUUAAACAAAUGGGUACAAAGGAUGCAUACUAUUUUGGAAAACCGAUUCUAUCAUUUCAUGGUCACUAUUCCAUAAAUAAUCAGGAAUUUGUGCAAAGUUCAAAAAUGGCUCCAUCAGGUGAACUAUCACAUGGUGGUUGGCAGAUAAAUUACCCAAACAUGAUGGGAUAUCAUCAAUGUUUAAAAACUUAUUGCACUACAGAUGAUAUUAGUGAUACAGAUUUUAUCAGCAUAUCUGUUCCCAUAACAUUUCUGGGGUUUAGACAAGACGAAGCUAAUGUGAACAAAAAGUUUGAAUACUUUAUUGAGUUGGGAUAUGGAACCCAAAGAUACUCUGAAACUGCAGAAGCCUUUGAAGAACUUCCUCAUUUAUUGAAAAUAGAUUUCGAUUAA